GGAAGGCUCGUCCCCGCAGAAGCUCCACGCCGAACCGACGGGCGCGUUGCGAGUGGCACCAUCCCUCCAAUUACCCCAGACUCCUCGGACAUCUGGCUUUCAGACCUUCCCACCAUCACUAUUUCCUCUGAAUAAUCCAGGCCAAAAUGUCUGUUCCAUAUCUCCUCCAGAACGAUGCCAAGGGCCAUAUCUCGGCUUCUCAGCGCAUUCCUGCUAUUGCACGGCCCUUUGUCAGCGAGAGGGCUGCGAAGACACUCGACAUUGUUGAGAAGUUCGUCGAAGAAGAAUGCAUUCCUGCCGACCAGGUAUACCUACGCCAGCUUGGCGAGACGACUAAAGAGCGCUUCUCGGCGCACCCAACCGUCAUUGAGGAUAUGAAGAAGAGGGCACAAGAGCUUGGGCUGUGGAACAUGUUCCUGCCCAAGGCACAUUUCAAAGAGGGCGCUGGGUUUAGCAACUUGGAGUACGGUCUCAUGGCUGAGUACCUGGGCAAGAGCAGGAUAGCUUCUGAGGCUACUAACUGCGCUGCCCCUGAUACCGGAAACAUGGAGGUUAUCGCCAAGUACGGCACCGAUGCCCAGAAGAGGCAGUGGCUUGACCCUCUGCUGCAAGGCAAGAUCCGUUCUGCCUUCUUGAUGACAGAGCCUCAAGUCGCUUCAAGUGACGCUACGAACAUCGAGAUGACCAUCAAGCGUGAUGGUGACCACUACGUCCUGAACGGUCAGAAAUGGUGGUCCUCAGGAAUCGGUGACCCUCGCUGCAAGAUUUUCAUUGUCUUGGGCAAGACCGACCCCAAUCAUGCCGACAAGUACAAGCAGCAGUCCGUCAUCCUGGUCUCCGCUGAGACACCCGGCGUCACCAUCCAUCGCAUGCUCUCCGUCAUGGGCUUUGACGACGCCCCCCACGGUCAUGGCCACGUCACAUUCCAGAAUGUCCGCGUUCCCGCUUCCAAUAUGGUGCUCGGUGAGGGCAGGGGUUUCGAGAUCAUUCAGGGCCGUCUUGGACCCGGUCGUAUUCACCACGCUAUGCGCAGCAUCGGUUCCGCCGAGAAGGCACUUGAGUGGAUGCUCGCCCGUCUCAACGACGAGCGCAAGAAGCCCUUCGGCAAGAUGCUGCACGAGCACGGUAUCAUGCUUGAGCGCGUUGCCCGCUCACGCAUUGAGAUCGACGCGGCUCGUCUCGCCGUCCUGAACGCCGCCAUCAAGAUCGAUGAGACCAACGCCAAGGGCGCGUUGAAGGAGAUUGCCGAAGUCAAGGUUCUCGUCCCCGAGGUCAACCUCAAGGUCAUCGACUGGGCUAUCCAGGCCUACGGUGGUGCUGGUGUCUGCCAGGACACCCCGCUUGCGAACAUGUACUCGAGUGGCAGGACGAUGAGGAUUGUCGAUGGGCCUGAUGAGGUUCAUUUGCUGCAGCUUGGUAGGAAUGAGAACAAGCGCGGUGUCGCCCACAAGCAGCGGAUUGAUGCACAGCAGAAGAAGGGCGACGAGCUGUGUAGGAAGUAUGGCAUUGAGCCUAGGGAUCCGUUGUAUCUGAACAGGACGAGCGCGGAGGCUAGCAAGCUGUAAGAGCCUUGCCGUUAUUUGAGUAGCUGUCAGAAACAAAAUUAUGCUAUCAGGCGUUGUGCCAUGCUCUCUCUCGUGUAUCACAGCCAGUCGGUCUCCGCGUUGUUCCUACAGUUAUUGGUCUCUACGCUUCAAUGUCAUUGCAUUUUCUAGCA